CAGCGCAAAUACAGCCCAGAGUUUGUGUACUGCUGAUAUGACUCAACUCUUAAAAAUUCAUACGCAAAAGUCAUAACAAUACAUGUGCAUCAAUUUAUUAAUUAUUUGUGAAUAUUAAUACAUUAAAGGGUUGCUGGAGAAUCUAAAAAUAAAGCAGAACCAGACCAAGCUGAUUGACAAAAAAAUACUUGAACAAGAUUUACUUAAGAUGUCUAGAUGUUACUAAGUUUUAGACAGCUUCGCAGGUUGUUGAAAUAAAACCGAACUAGGACAAAGCUGAUAGAGUGAAUAAUACCAUAGUUGGUGGAUGAAAUUUAAGGAAUUUUAUAACCUGGAAGUUAUAAGAACAUAUUGAUAUUGGAACAGGUCUAGUGUAUUUUAGAUUACUGUUGAUCUGGAAUUGUGGAGUUGAAGGUUUAAAUAAUGGGUGAUGAUUAUGGUGAUGAUGACUUGGUUAUACACUCGUCAAUUAAUAUUCCAGGAUGGAGUGACAAUGAACUGCGAGUGAUGAGUAGAACGUACAAAUUUGUGAUGAAUAAAUGGAACCCAAAAACAGCUAAAACUAUAUUAACACGAUUUUUUAAUUUUUAUUUUACUGGAAGAAUUCCAUCUGAAGAUAAUUUGAUAGCUACAGUUCAUGACUGUGUAUCUCUUGCCCACGUUGAUGGUCAUCGGCUUUUCAAUCCCAGACCUUCUGGAAAAAUAUACUACCAAGACAAUGUUUCAACACCAACCUCCGUGACUUCAGAGAUUAAUGGUAUCUCAGAGGGUCCAGCUGUGACACGCAAACUCUCUGCUUUCCACAGCUACAUAAAAAAGGCUAUUGAUGAUUUUCACACCAAGUCUAGUACUUGUACUUCUGACAGAGAACUCCAGGCAUUGGCUGGUUUUUUAGCAUUAACAUUAUGUCGAUUUGCUACAAGAAAUCUAAAGCAAAUGAUGAUAGCAUUUAAUGAUGCUCAGUAUCGGAAUAUUCUUGAGUCAGCAGCAGGAUGGUCUAAAGACAAGCCAUUUGCUCCUCCAAUCAAAGAAGUAUUGAGUUCAUGUUGUACUCAACUUACCAAAAGUUCCCCUGAAACUCGAAUCUUGUUUUGCAUUCUAGCAGAUGAAAUGGUGAGAACUCAUGCACUAGACAACCCAAAACCAAAAAAUCGAGGAUAUCUUGAUGCCUCAGUGCUUUCUGAUACAGCAUACAAUGGAUUAGGAAUGAUCAAGAUGCUGAUAGAUGUUUGUGAAUUGCUAGAAAUAUCCUGGGAAGCGAUUCGUCCUCUACUGUCGAAUGAUCACGCUGAAAAAUCUUGUCGAAGGAUUGAUGAUUUUUUUACCAACUACCUGAAAAAAGGAGAACAUGGAUUUGCUUGGGCACGAAUUAUUGACGAUGGAUAUCUUCGAGGUUAUUCGCCCAAAGAAAAUGAAUUUGUGUGCAUUGCAUUUACUGCUAUCAUUGAAUAUGAUAAAGGUCCUGCAGUAUGGCAAGCACCAUGGAUUAAAUCCAAUGUUAGUUUUUAUUUUGCUGCUAAACAAAGGGGAAAAACCAUAUAUGAAAAUAAAACAAUAAGAAGGAAAGCAAAGUUGGUUAAAUCUGUAAAAGUACCAGAUAAAACACCUGGACCUCCAGUUCAAAAUGAAUUGGAGCUAAAUAUGAAAAAGCCUCUAGAUGAUAGAGAAUUAGAUGGUGUGGAUCUCUUUGAAUACUAUAACGGAUUAGCAGCAGAAGUAGUUCCUAUCUCUGACUUUAUUAAAAAGGCUACUCAGUUGUCAGAAGGAAAUAAAGAUUGGACGAAUUUUUGGCAUUCACAUGGAGAGAUGUUGAAUAAAUGGUCAUCAGAUGGUCACCAUGAUGUAGUCAGGCAUCUCUUUAAAACACUCAAGCAUGGUCUUCCUGUCGCAGUAGAAUGUGUCAAGAUGGGUAAAUUAUCAAUCAUGUCUGCCAAAGCUUCUCAAUAUGACAUGAUGAUGAAAGAGUUGAAAAGGCUUACAGAUCAUUUGCAUAUUAUGAAUGAAACCCUUAGAGCAGAAAGUGAAGCUCGUGAAGCUAAAAACCUUGAUUUAAUUCAACGAAGUAAAGCAACUUUGUCUGCUUUGGCUACAUUGGAACGAAGUGUCAAGAACAUUAUUUUGCAAAAAGAAUCAUGAACUUAACACUUUUAUAUUUGGAAAAGGUUUCACUUAUUAAAUAAACUUGCUUCAUAAUAUGUUGGAUACAGACAUGUUGAUAAAUAUUUAUCAAUAAAAAACAAGAAAUGAUGAUUGAAAGAAAUGGUAGUGUUGAGGAAUUUAAGGGUAAAAAUUCAGAAGUUUGAACUUUGUUUAAUAUAAGAAUAAACUGUCUGAUGUAACAUAUGAAUUUCUUAUAUUC